CUGACGUCAUUCACACGCGCCGCUCAAAUGGAAGCGACACCUUUCAUAUGCAUAGACUACUUUAUUAUCAUUAUCUCUCUUUCUGCCUUUUAGAUCACUAAUAUGUUGCUUUAAUGUGUAAUUUAGUGUAUUUCAGAAAAAAACGCUAUUAUUUUGAAAACGUUUAGUGUUACGAUAUCAACACAUGACUUUUUGUCUUUUAAAUGCCACAAAUAACUAGAUAAAUGUUGACUGAAAUGGCACAUAUAGGCUCAGAUGUGUGUGAAAUGCAGCUGAAUGGAGUUUCAGAGGUGAUGGAUCUGCUUCAAAUAGACGUGGAGACUGAUGUGGUGGAAGACAGGGCAGGGAGAGAAGCUGCACCGUUUUCAAGAAAUGUGUUGAGGAAGCAGCGACACUGGGAGAGGCAGCUGGCAGCGAAGAAAAGCAAGAGGAAAGAAGAGAAGCAGCGGAGGAAGCUUAACCGUGAGCAGGAGUCAGGUUCCCGCGCAGAUAAUCCUCAGUUUACCAAACGAGUCAUGAAAGCGAUCACAAAAGAGCGUUUAGCUGAAGCUCAGUCCACAGGACUCAAACUCUGCAUAGACCUGAGUAUGACAGACAGCAUGUCUGACAAGGAGAUCAGUCGACUGGCCGGCCAGUUAAGAAGACUGUACGGUUCAAACAAGAAGGCGAUUCGACCAUUUCACCUUCUCCUGACAGACCUGAGAGAGGACAGCCGUCUCUACAGAGAGUGCCUACGAAUGAACGCAGGCUUCCUCAACUACAUGAUGGACAUAACAGAAGAAAGCUGUCUGGACCUUUUUUCUCCAGAAACUGUCGUCUACCUCACACCAGAUGCUGAAGAAGCUUUAGAAACGGUGGAUGCUGACAAGGUGUACGUCCUCGGUGGCCUUGUGGAUGAGAGCAUCCAGAAGAAGUUGAGCUUCUUGAGGGCCAGAGAACUGAGCGUCCACACGGUGAGGCUGCCCAUAGACGAGUACAUGGUGAAAAAAAACAAUGCCAAGAAUUUCCACUCAAAGAUCCUGGCUGUUAAUCAGGUGUUUGACAUCUUAUUGACUUUCUGCAAAACCGGCAGCUGGACAGAAGCCCUGCAGGCAUGGUUCCCCCAGGGGAAGGGUUAUAUUGUUGCGCCAGAGUUUUCCCUACCACUUUCCGUCCCUCCAUCACAAACUUAGCAUAGGGAUUCAUUUUUAGUCAUGAUAUUUACAGAACCCUUUUUGCGUCCAUGUUACUUACUUGAGGGGAGUUGAUACAACGUGAUGUGCCUCGUUAAGGAGAAAUAGCACAUAGUUGUUUAACAUUUCUGAGUAUUGUUUACUUUUACCAACAACUGUAAUAUUGUUUAUAGCUGGAAAUGUUUAAAGGUUCUCAUCUGACUUUUUAAUAAAACAGUGGAACUUUUGUAUGUUUACACGUUCUCAGGAAUCAUUUUUGUUGAGUUCAGUAACAAUGAACGACAGUAUUGUGAAACACUAAUAUCUAAUCUGUUUUUGUACAUAAAAUCUUAAUGCAAAUGUGUCUUAGUUUUUACAUUGAAUGAUAUGACAUACAAUAUUUUUGGCAUUUCCACGGUCGCACAAUUUUGGCACAAAAAGUUUUGCGACUAAAAACUGAGAAAAUGCCCCCGUAGAAGAUGGCAGGUGUGAGUCAGCCAGCAGAGAUGAAAUGCAUCAUCCAUCCAACUUAAAAAUAUUGACCUGAAGGCAAAGGA